GAAAUAUCUGCACUAUCAUGCGUUCCAUGAAAUUCUGCAUUCCACAUCUGGGCGUUUGUUGUUUUGGAUUUCAGAUUCACCUGCAGCAGAGCUGUCAGUUGUUCGGUCACGUAAAACUACUACCUCCGUUCGAGUUUGCAUUCCGAGAGGCGCGAAGUCCCCUUUGUCACACGAUUGACGAAGUCUCGUGCCCAGCACGCACUUGCACACGAGAGUUGUGACAGCGCGACGGGAAUAUUAGUUUUCUUCGGGAAAGUCAGGGUUGUGGAUCGAAGAGAGGGCCUCCCGUAGGCCAGGUUGCAUUUCGCCCGCGCAUGCCAAGCACCAAACGUUUCUUCCUUUGCGAAAGGUGCAGGAGUGCCUACAUCAUUGCAAGAAGUCUCAUUCCCAGCAGGCACAGGCAUACGAGUUGUGACACUGUGACGGGAAAAUCAGUGUUCUUCUGUAAAGCCGGGCUUGCGUAUCGAGGAGAGGUCCUCCUGUAAGCGAGGUUACAUUUCGCCCGCGCAUGCCAAGCACCAAACGUUUCUUCCUUUGCGAAAGGUGCAGGAGUGCCUACAUCAUUGCAAGAAGUCUCAUUCCCAGCAGGCACAGGCAUACGAGUUGUGACACUGUGACGGGAAAAUCAGUGUUCUUCUGUAGAGCCGGGCUUGCGUAUCGAGGAGAGGUCCUCCUGUAAGCGAGGUUACAUUUCGCCCGCGCAUGCCAAGCACCAAGCGUUUCUGUCUGUGCAAGAAGGGAGGAGAGAAUGGAAGGUGCAGGUUCGUCCAACGUAAGUGACGCUGCUGAACUUGCAACACCGGGAAUGGAUUCCGCAGACAACGAACCGGAGCUUCCCUCCGCCAUCCAGGACCUUAUACGGCGUCUGGAAGGAGAAGGCGAGCCUAUAAUCGGGAGGCUUCCCGAUUUCAGCGAGCCACCAUUUCUGGAUUUCUUUCCGGAGCGUGCAUCGCUCUCGAAGAUGACAGGGUGGCAAAGCAAAGUUCGCCGUCAAGUGCUGGAGGCAAUCGGCAGCUGCAACACCCUUCAGGUGAUGAUAAUAUCAGAUAUUUGUGCCAGAAAUAUAUCGAGGUUGGAUCCUUUCGAGUGGGAUAUAGUUUUCAGAGUUUUUGAUUGGAGCCCCAAUCUACGAGCGAUAAGAUUUGAACAGUCGACGUGGAGUUCACAUGGGGAAACGGAGCUCUUGUGUACGAAGCUGGGGAUCGUUCUGAAUUCUGAAUCGUCCUGUUACGCAACAGAUUUGGUAAUUUUCAAUUGCAGAUUGAGUGCGACAUGUUUUUUGAAUCUCGCAAAAGGAAUGCGAGGAAAGUCUGGAUCUAAACUCGAGUCCUUAGAAUUACAUAACGCUGCGUGGGAGGACUCGAGUGCGGUCGAGCAUGUGGCUGACAUGAUCAACAGUGCUCCUCGAUUAAAACUGCUGAGUUUAGGCGGCACUGGGGUCCGCAAGUGCGACAUGGACGAGGAGGUCGUUCGAACCCUGUCCCAAGCUAUAAACCUGAGGUCGUCUAUAAAAACAUUAAGAUUAGUGUGCGUGCAUAGCGGAGCAUCGGACUUGUUGCGGAAGGUAUUUGCCUCGGAUGAUGGCAACCAGUCGAUUGAACAUCUCGGGAUGAUGCACAUGCCUGUACUCGGACAUUCUGUGAGACAUGUUCUCAUUUACAAGAAGGUGAAAUUGAAGGAGGUGAAGUUGACCAAUAUCGACAUGCCUCCCGAGGAAUGGCGUGUGGUAGGACAAGCACUACGGGUCAAUACCACAGUAAAAUCUGUUCAUUUAGAAACUGUGUUACAUGCGGUUAGUGGCCCGGGAGGUCCCUUGGAAGGAUUAGAAGAGUUUGCGUGUGCUGCUAGCUCUGAUGACAAGGGCCCCAUCAUGGAGUUUACACUCAGUGGCAAGUUCGAAAACCUUUCAGAGCUCACCAUUUUAGGAAAGGUUCUGCGCGGGGAAAUCAAAUCUGUAAAAUCUUUCUAUCUUCAAUGGCCAAAGUUUUCCACUUCAGGUACAGAUAAUUUCCAAGAGAGACUGGAAAGUAUCUUCCCGAUUAAUGGAAAAAGUGGUGAUUCUUCAGUCUUGGAGAGUCUAUCAUUAUCUCCACUAAGCGAAGAUCCUCUGAAUGGAAUAUGGUGGAAGCACUUAUUUUGUUUCCUGCGUGAGAACACAAGUCUCACUCACUUGGCUUUGGGGAACCCUUGGACGAUCUUGAACCCGAAAACGUUGGACGAAGAGGCAUUCAGGGACCUGAUGGAUCUUCUGCAAGUCAAUUUAUUUCUCCAGGAAAUAAAUGUCUCAUCAUCCUCAUGGGCAAUGGACGGGAAGACGGCGCAGAUUCGAGAGGCCCUGAAGCACAACAAGAAGCGGGCAGUGUACAUGUCCGACUUCAGAGAAGCUAAAUUAGAAUUUGGAGAUGCAAAAGCUGGUCGACUCUUCUUAUGCGGCUCUCCUAGAGCAGGCAAGACUCAGUUACGUCAAACCCUCAUGAAGAUAGUACAAGGCAAAAGUUGGCUCCGCAACAAAGCAUUGAAGUGGAGGACCAAAGGAGUUGAAGUGGAGUUUUUGCAAAACAAUGAUAAACUCCAGAUUUCAAUUUGGGAUCUUGCGGGGCAAGGAAUUUUUCGUACCCUUCAGAGUGUGCUAUUCCCUCAAACCAGCUAUUUUGGUGUUUUUAUAUUUGUGUAUAGCCCAUUCUGUGAUAAAACAUUUUCUCAGAAAGAAGACAUUUGUUUGAAAACAGAGUUGAAGGAAUGGUUGACAUUCAUCUCAUCGAGCAUUAGAGUUACGGGAAAUAAUCGUCCACAAGUUCUUGUCGUGAUUUCACACAAGGAUAAAACCAAAUCCAGCUCUUUGACUUGGGCUCAUCCUAUAGUGAAUGAACUCACCAACAGAUUUGCAAAAUUUGUAGAUCUACAUCCUAUUCAAGAGUUUUUUCAUAUAGAUGCUCGGAAGCAGAAGCCAAUUAUUCCUCUCAAAAAUCACAUUUUUGAGAUCUUCCGGAAGUUGUUGAGUAAAAAAUCCUUACAGGUUCCUCAAUUGUGUUCUCAUCUCUCUUCCCUCUUGGUUACAAAUACCAAUGAACACAAAAGUUCCCCUCUAUGGCCAUCAACAAAAUUUGAUGACUUUUGCGCCCCCAUCUUGACACAAUUCACUUCAUUCUCUUCUGCUCUCGCUGUUAAUCAUUCAAGGAUAAUGAAAUCAGUUAUAUCCUAUUUGAAUGACGUUGGAUCCAUCGUUUCCAUCCCCAACUUUGAUUAUAUCAUUGUGGAUCCAAACUGGCUCACCAAUACAUUAUUGGGUGAGCUCGUAGCUCUAGGUCAAAAUUUUGAAGUUCAAGAGUCUAGAUCUUCUCGGAGAUUGAUGUCCCGUGAGUCAUACACAAGUCGUAACGGAUUUGUGAGUGAGAGUAUCUUUGCUCGAUUGAUAGAGGAGUUUCUGAAAAAGCAAACUCAUGCGAGUGACAGUGUCUUUGCUCGGGUGACAGAGAAGUUUAUGGGAAAGCAACCACAUGCAGAGAGAGUUGUGCAGAGAGUGGUGAUUGAAAACAUCCUUAUCAAUUUAGAUUUGUGUUUCAAGCUCGAAGAUACUUCUGAGUAUUUCAUUCCCUCCUUCGUACCCGAGCAUCCAAGCCUGGAAGCACACAAGCAUCAAGAAGUGGCGCACGUGGAGUCGAUGGCUUGGGAAACAAGGGUUAAGACCUCAAAGUUUGUCGGCAUCCGGAUUCAAUGCCAAGAUGAGAGAACAAUGUCACUGACCGCUGCUUUUUUCCCAUGCUUCCAGAUGUUCAUGAGACGCAAGUUGAUAUCGGAGAUGCAUGUUUCCAAGGAGACUGUGACCUGCUCUCGACAUUAUCUGCGUCUUUUUCAUGAUGGGCACGAGAUCUACGUCGAACAAGAUAGGUCCCAUAGUUACGUGGAUGUUCUGAUGUUAUGCUCGACACAUAAAUCAAGGGAGGGGGCUCUGGAAUACGUGAUGAAGUAUAUCGUCCAGGAGUUGAUAUCAUUUUGCGCAUCAUCCAAAGGCUGUCCCGGGGUGGCGUUAGUGCUAUGUGUGAUCCAAACAAUUUGCGUGGAGAAGCUGAUUCCGAGUCAUCUGCGAGGCGCAAUUUUAAUCGAGGAUCUGAAAUCGGCAUUCACUCUUAGCAUCGAACACAAACUUGAGAAGAUUCCGUUGGAUAAAUCUCAAUUGGAGAAGGAACAUGAGUUGUUCAAUUAUGAGCACUCUUGGCCCUUGAUUAAAGAUCACACAACACAGGUUAUAUUCGAAAGAGCUGGGGAGUUGCUGUGGGAGAGCGAUGUGGAAGCGGUUGUGAAUGAGAUCCGACAGAAGCGAAUGCAACAAGUGAAGUUAGUGCAGCAAGGUUUAACCAAGGUGAAUGAUGAUUUGGUUCUUUCUCACCUUGAAGAUGAGAACAUGAUCAGAAAUUCAAAUUUUCCUGAUGUGAAGGACUCCGAUCGACCUUCAUCCAGCACAAGUGUAGAAAAUUGUUCAACCGGACUUAUUUUGUCCACAAUACAUCAGCUAGAAGAAAAAAUGACACACAGGUUUGAUGGUGUGGAUGAGGGGUUGAGAUCAGUGGUGAGCAUUGUGCAGAGAUUGGAAAAUAAGAUGGGACAGAUAAUUUCUUUGCAACAAGAACUGCAGUCAACUUCAAGUGCCUUCAUGUCCAAAGUGGACACCAUCAUUGAGUAUUCUUCAUCUCUUCAGCAGGCGAGAGCUCCCAAGAGACCUUAUGUUACGGACGAUGUUGGCAAAUUCUACAAAUUGAGUGCAUUUCUUCAUGUUGGGACAAUCGUUUGCUUACACUUGAUGUGUGAGUCUGUGACUAGGAAUCACAAUGUAAAAGAUCAAGAAGGUUUGAAGAUACGUUUGGAUUUGGAGAAUUGCGAGUGGAUUCGGAAAGCUAUUGAAAUUUCAUACAAAGUCUUGUAUUAUACUGCAAAGGCUGGACUGACUAGUACUGUCGGAUUGGGCCAAGCGAUACCGGACUGGGCAGAUUUAAAAUCUGAUAUUGUUAAACUAGAUGGCAUUAGCGAUCGUGAUCGUGUUGCAGUUCUAAAAUGUGGUGGGGAAAGCAAGGAGCUGAAAGAAGCAUGGCUGAGGAUUCAGCAAACUCUUGCGCCUAUUAACUUUUCGAAAAUCUUCAAGUUGUAUCAGGUGAAAUACGUGAGACCAGAAUUAGGUGGGCAUGCAUGGGUGUGCGAGGAGUGCAUGAAUAAAGGUAUUCGUUCAGGCAUUUUGUUAGAUUAGGAAUUUGAAGAGGUUAGAAUGUCAUUAUGCAAAUGACAAGCAUAUGUUUAGAUCCUCAUGCAAUAUACAACUCUGCAAAAUAUUCCUCA